AUUGCAAAUUGUCUCAGAAUAUCCCUCUCUACAUCAUAAAGUUAAUUUAAAGGUGAACAACCCCUUUAAAGGGAAUCCAGCUAAAAUCAGUUUUGCCACGUUCCAAAAUACAUUCAUUUUUCAAACUGCUCUGGUGUUAUUGUUAUGUUUCUGUUAUGUACAAAUGCACCUGAAAGUAGAAUUUGUUCCUUUCUGUUCUCUGGUUCUGCCUUGUGAAUUCAGUGUAGCCAAAGUCAGUUCGUAAUGGGCUGGCUACACUGUUCCAGGAGUAGGGUUGCCACCUGCCUGGUAUUUUAUUAAUAGGGAAAAUGCAUAAAAAUAUAAGAAGGCCGGUAUUUUUUUCAAGAAAAGGUGGCAACCCUAUCCAGGAGUCAGAGAAGACAAACAGCUGCUUUCAGUAGCCAUGCACGUUUUUUAAUGAAUGUAUAUUGGAAAGUGGCUUUGAAUUACAUGUUCUUGAAUUAUACAAAUAACAGUUGUAGUCACAGCGAGACGCAGGAGAGUCCAUGUGAAACUUCUCAUCCUUAUGUAAUAUUUUAAAGUGGUUUCUGGGACCCGGAACAUUUUUAGGUACUUUGGUGCCCACUACUUGUCUGAUUGUCUGAUUGUCCAAGCACUUUUUGUCAUUGUCCCAUGCAACAGUCCAGUGCCCUCAAAAGCAUUUUUUUCUUAUAAAUGUUUCCCUGAAGCUAGGUACCUGACACUAUACUCCAUCCUUUAUUAUCAAUGGGGAUUGGGUUUCUCUUCUCUAUUGCACCUUUGUGCAGAGACUGUGAAUCCUCUGAUCCUCUCUGCUUUACAUCCUUCCUUCUACACCUCGUGUUACUGCUUUUCCCUUUUUUUCACUUUUCCUCCUCCUUCCACCUCAUUCCUACUGACCUUGUUUUGCUUUUCCUUUGUUAUUUCUUACUUUGCUCAGACUCUUCUGUUCAUUUGUCAUGUCCUCGUCCCUCUCAGUUCUGUCAUUGGCUUUAUCUCUUGAGUAUAACCCCGUUUCAUGUACCCCCUCCUCUGAUCAGAUCCCAGCUGCUGGACACGGAUAUGGAUUAUGAGCGCCCCAAUGUUGAGACAAUCAAAUGCGUUGUGGUUGGAGACAACGCGGUGGGGAAAACACGACUGAUCUGCGCUCGUGCCUGCAAUGCCACCCUGACUCAAUACCAGCUCCUUGCCACCCACGUGCCAACCGUCUGGGCAAUAGAUCAGUACAGAGUAUGCCAAGAGGUGCUUGAACGUUCUCGGGAUGUUGUUGAUGAUGUCAGUGUAUCAUUACGACUUUGGGAUACAUUUGGCGACCAUCACAAAGAUAGAAGAUUUGCCUAUGGGAGGUCUGACGUGGUGGUCCUCUGCUUCUCUAUUGCUAACCCCAACUCUCUCCAGCAUGUCCAGACCAUGUGGUAUCCAGAGAUUAAGCAUUUCUGUCCCCGUGCUCCUGUUAUCCUUGUGGGAUGCCAGCUAGACCUCCGUUAUGCCGAUUUGGAAGCCGUGAACAGAGCACGUCGUCCGCUGGCCAGGCCAAUUCGCCCCCAGGAGAUUCUACCACCGGAGAAGGGCCGCGAAGUAGCCAAGGAGCUGGGAAUUCCCUAUUAUGAGACUAGUGUAGUAGCGCAGUGUGGCAUCAAAGAAGUCUUUGAUAAUGCCAUCAGGUCAGCCCUUAUUUCUCGGCGUCACCUUCAGUUUUGGAAAUCACACCUACGCAGUGUGCGCAGGCCUCUGCCUCAGGCUCCAUUCCUGCCCCCGCGACCUCCUCCUCCAGUUAUCAUAGUGCCUGACCCACCAACAAAGAGUGAAGAACACCCGGCACGGUUGUUGGAAGAGGCUUCCUGUGCUGAUGUGAUGCUGGUGGUUCAAGAGAGAAUUCGUAUCUAUGCUCACCGCAUCUACCUCUCAACAGCCUCCUCCAAGUUUUGUGACUUGUUUCUAAUGGAGGAUGGAGACCCACCUACCCAAACCAGGGAUCCUCUAUUGAGAGCCUCCAGUUUUGAUGCCUGUGAGGGUUCAGGGGAAGCAGAAGGAGGGGGUAUGAGAACAUCAGCCAGUGAUGGGACACUUGGCAGAGAGUACGGCAGGGACUUGUCCAGCUGGAGCAGGGCUUUUGAGAGCAUCCACAGUGGAGUUCUAGAAGAGCCUCCGGGAUACAGGUCACGCCGUGUAGCAGUGGUAAAAAUGGACAGCUCAGUGAGGCCUGGGCCUUUCAGGGCAGUGUUGAAAUUUCUCUACACUGGACGGCUGGAUGAGAGGGAACCAGAUCUCAUGGAAGUAGCACAUAUUGCGGAGUUGUUAGAAGUGUUUGACCUUCGUAUGAUGGUGGCAAAUAUCCUGAACAGAGAGGCCUUCAUGAACCAGGAGAUCACAAGGGCCUUCCAUGUCAGAAGAAGCAAUCGUGUCAAGGAGUGUCUGGCUAAAGGAACCUUCUCUGACGUCACCUUUAUGCUGGAUGAUGGGAGUAUAAAAGCCCACAAGCCUCUGCUUAUCUCUGGCUGUGAUUGGAUGGCAGCCAUGUUUGGGGGUCCUUUUCUGGAGAGCAGCACCACUGAGGUGGUGAUUCCAUAUACCUCUCGAAGCAGCAUGCGAGCUGUACUGGAGUAUCUGUAUACCGGCCAGUUUAGUACAGGGCCUGACCUCGAUCCAUUGGACCUCAUCAUUCUUGCAAACAGGCUUUGCUUACCCCAUCUUGUAGCACUGACAGAACAACACACGGUGUCAGUCAUGUUGGAUGCAUCUCUGAAUAACAAGGACAUUGAUGGAGAAGCUCUUAUGUUACUGGAGGCUGCUCAGUUUCAUGGAGCAGAUCAGUUGGCGGCAUGGUGUAUGCACCACAUCUCAACCAACUAUAACCGUGUCUGUAGGAAAUUCCCACGUGACAUCAAAGCUGUGUCUGCAGAAAAUCAGCAGGUGCUUGAGACCCAACGCUGGCCCCCUGUUUGGUACCUUAAAGAAGAAGACCACUUUCAGAGAGCACAGAGGGAGCGUGAGAAAGAGACAGCCCUGCACCAGAAGAGACAGCCAAAGAGGCGCUGGUUGUUCUGGAACAACUCCAGUGCAGGCUCCUCUGCAACCCCGACUCCCUCCUCGUCUGCUGUUGGCUGAGUCCUUCUCUCAAGCCUCCAUGUGUCUUCUUCCCCCUGAAAGCAGUGUGUGCAUGUGCAUAGAACAGGGGUCGGCCUUGGUAUGUGGGCUAAACUGUCACUUUAUAGGCUUUUGCCAUUUUGUACAGAUUCUGUUAAUGAUUCAUAUUUUUCAAGCUGAAAUUAAUUUUCCCUAAAUGUAAAAGUGAUACUUCCCCUUCACAAAGACAAGAGCAUCACCAGGCGGGGCUUCAAUGAAGAACUCUGGAGGCGCCAUUAGAUGGUUCAAUACCUCUGCUGAGCCCAACAACAUGGCAGCUCCAACUCCAAUGCACCAAUACAAAUACGCACAAAUUGUGCUCCACUGUUUUGCUACAGCCUGUCUUGUGAAGUAAAAGUGACUGGAAAAAGAAUUCUUAACUUUAAACACCUAUUUGGAAUUCGGGCAGUUUGGGCAAUAUAUCCUUGGCAUACAUGAUCUAAGUGCUAAAUCUUAUUUGCUGCCGGUCUGAUCUGCACAUUAAAAUGUGAAGUUCAAUUGUGUGAAAUACAGGAGGAGAGGAGGAUAGUGGGUUCUGCAGUUUAUACACCUUCCUAAUUCUCUGAAUUAUAGCCAAGGGAAGAAUGUAGGCUGUAGCAGUCAUUCCUAUGCCCGUGUACCUACACCAAUAGAAGCGCUUCUGGUAUAACAACCAAUAUAUAUAUAUAAGACAAUCAACUUUUUGAACUGGUGUUUUUCAGGUUAUUUUCUUUUCUCUUAGACACACAAACAAACAGAAUAAUCAGAGAGAAGCCUGGCGUUGGUGCAUGUAUAUCUAGCUAUAGGGUGACUGCAGAGCUGGUUGGUUGCAUCUGUUAUGUAAGAGGAUACAAGGUUUAGCUCCAACUCACUCUACAGGUAGUAGAUGUAGAAGCCUCCUUGGAACACUGGCAAUAGCUUACAAACUGGUUAAGGUUUAAGGGUAGGACUACAUGGACGUUUUCGGCGUGAUCUGACCAACUGUGACAAAUCGAAUGCGACAGAAAUAGGUAAGAGAUAGAAAUGUCGGAUGAAGUCGCAGUGUUGAUCCGAUGCGACACGACUGUCGGAUGCAGAUGCUGCACUCGUGUCGUGUUUUGUCGCAGUGCGUCGGAUCGCGCCGUGUAGUCCUACCCUAACACAUAACAUAGUGGACUGUGUUGAGAAUGUAUUUUCCAUUAUGGCUGCCUUUAGCAAAUGUGAAGGAUUUAUAAUCAGAGUUUAUACAUUGCUUUCCAGCUGCCAGACCUGGAAAACUUGUGCAUAAGGUCUCUUAUAGACUUGCGUUUUUAGCUGCGAUCCCCUGCGUUCUGGUUUCAAGCGUUCAGCCGCAGGGGAUCGCAGGAGUAGACGCACUGAAUUCUUUUCAAUGGGGCUGUACUCACACAGA